AUGUACAAAAAUAUAAAUAAUAAAGUAAAAUUUAAAAUUGGAGCUAAAAAUGAUAUUUUAAAUAGUUGUGAAAUUGUAGACGAUAGUUUUAAGCAACAUAAAGAAUCUACAGAAACUAUAGAAAAUAAAAUCAAAGUAAAUACUAGAAAUACCAAAGUAAAUAAUUCAAUUUUAAACGAGCAAAAUGAUAAUAUUAUACUGUUAAAAAAAUUAGCUAAACAAGUUCAUGACCCUUAUGAUGAGUGGGGGGAUUAUAAUAAAAAUAUUAAAGAAAAAUAUUUCGAAAUAAACAAUGUAACUCUAUGUGAAAUAGAUAAAAUUGAUAAUAGUAAUAAAAUAAAUGAUACUUAUGAAACACUAAAUAAAUCAAUAACUUCUUUAGCUUCAAAGUUCGUUAAGCUUGAGAACGUACCAUCGGAUGGUAAUUGUGGUAUACACGCGCUAGUUAAAAUUCUAAAUAAUGAACAAAUAAAUGUAAAUUUCAACCAAAUCACAGACUUGUUAAAAUUAACAAAAUAUAAAAUUCCAAUAUGGUUAGAAACCGAAUAUUUAGCAGCUGUCACCAAUCAUUAUAAUUUAAACUUGAUAGUAAUACAAGAAUCACUAACUAGCGAUAAUAAUUUCACAGCGUUAGCAUAUUAUAAACCUGGGAGAAAAUAUGUAUCUGUUUUUUAUAAUUUAAAUCACUGGACGCCGGGGGUCCUUUCAAACGAAAUUAAUACCGAUGUUAUAAACUCCGUUGUUAUCUACGAUAUACCAUCACUAAAAUCACGACACAGCAUUACACAAUCUCGUUACGAAUGA